UCUGUGAGCACACUUCUUUUCAAACAGUCUCUCGGGAGCCUGGGAAAAAGACCUGAACACUGCCUAAAUCUGCUGCGCCUUUAGCAGCUUUUUGUCUUCCAUCGACUGUUUUGGUUUUUGGUGGAAGAAUAAAGUAACCAGAAUAAGACCGUCUUCAAGUUCCAAAGCUGCAUUUCUCCCAAGAUGGCACCUGUAAAAUUUUGGGUGGUAGGUCUCCUGCUUGUGAUGCUGUGCUCAUCCCAGGUCCCUUUCUCUGCUACUGUAAGUGCCCAAGACUUGAACGAACUGGAGGAAAGCCUCCAUGAUAGAAAUGCUGAGGAGGCUGAAGCUGAAGAAAGUGAAAUGGCUGAGGUUGGUGAAGGGAAUGAAGAAAAAGAUGAAGACUCAGAUGAUGAUGAGGUAGAGACUGAUGAAAAGGUGGAAGAAGAACAGGAGGAUGAGAAGGAGACAGCAGAGGAGGAAGAUGACAAUGCUGAUAAUGAGGAAGAAGAUGAUUCUGAGGAGAACGGGGAAGUUGAAAAGGAAGAAGGUGGUGAGGGUUCAGAUGAGGAUGAUGCAGAAGAGGAAGAAUAUGAAGAAGAAUAUGCAGCAGAGGAGGAUGAAGAGGAAGAGGUGGAGGCAGAUGCAGAUGAGGAGGAGGAAGUCCCAGCUAAUAAUGAGGAAGACGACAAGAAGGAAGCAAGGCAAGAGGGUGAUGAUGAAAAAACUCAAGGAGAGGAUGUAGAUGAGGAAGAAGCUGACAGUGCUGAAGAGGAUACACAUGAGGAUGACUCUGAAGAUGAAGAUGAUGAGUCUGAAGGUAAAGACACAAAGAACAACCAAGGUGACUCAGAUGAAGAGGAGGGAGUUACUGACACUCCACAGUUCCACUCUGGAUCUUUGUGUAGUGUUUGCUCCAUUUGUGAGCGUUGCUCUAAUGACUGUGCCAAGUGCCCGUGUGAGGAAGGAGAUGAGUCUGAUCACUGCGAGCACUGCCAAGGUUGUUCAACUUGCUACAUUUGUCCCAUUCUUUGUGACACAGUUUGCACACCGGGUGGUCUUGUUGAUGAGCUGACUGGAUCCCUCUUUCAGACUGUUGCCUCUCUGCUCUGAGCUCCUUGGGAAUUAUGUCCAUUUGCUUUAAUGUGAAACUGCUCACCAGACUUCACCACAUCCCACACAAACUUUCUAUGAAUUUUGCAAACAAAAGCAAAGACAUAUUUAUGUUUUAAAUGAUACUUAAAACUCUCCUGUAAGAGAUGAUUUCUUCUUUUCACUCUUUCUCCCCUUUUUUGUCUUUUCAUUAUUUCUACCAAAGUCCCAAAAUUUGAUAAAGUAAUCUUUUUACUUAUGCCAAAGACAUUAUGUGAUUGUAAGGUUUUGGAGUUUUUCUAACUGUAGAUUUAGGAAUUUGGGGAAUUAUUCUUCUUUUAUUGCGAGAAAGGGCACAAUUUGACAUUUAGCUUCACAAUUACAUAUCGAAUUGAAAAACAAAAAUAACUAUUCUGGUUUCAGAGAUCCAGCUGGAUCUAGAGACACAGUUUGUGCAUGGUGUUAAUGGAACGCACACACAGACACACACACAUGCAGGCAUGCACACAGACAUAUAGGAGCUUGUCAUGAAUCAUGCAGUCAAAAAAGAUAUAUAAAAUAUAUACAUUACCAGUCAAACGUUUGGACACACCUUCUCAUUUAAUGGCUUUUCUUUAUAUUCAUGACUAUUUACAUUGUAGAUUGUCACUGAAGGCAUCAAAACUAUAAAUGAACACAUGGAAUC